AAAACAGGCCCUUCCCACAGCGGGCAGGCUGUGAGUGUGUGGGGCCGCGUCAGCCAGCACACACGGGCAGGGGGAAGAGUCCAGUCGAAGCUAAGACCUCUCUGGAUGUGCCCGUUUCACUGCUGCUCACCAAGCUCUGGGCUUUAGUGUCUAAUUGAACAGCUUUCGUCAGCACACUAUAUACACUGAACUAUAUCAUGUUAAACACUUCUGAAUGCCGUUUGUUUUGCUGCAGUUUUUAUUACUUUACUUUGUUGCGUUGCAUUUUGUUAGACAGCGCUGUUAUGUUGUGAGGUACCACACACCGCGUUGCAAUACACACUGCAGCGUGUUGUUGUUAUUAUUUCCUCCAGACGCGCUCCCGCGAGUCCAAGCUUCUGCGUCACUGCGCUAGCGCACCCGUGAGCAUGCGCAGUCGGCGGCUUUCCACCCGGCCACUAUCAAUCGAUCAGAGAGCAGAAGAUGGCGGCGGAUCGAGUCUGAGGAGAGAGAUCGAUCACAGAACCACUCGAUCGACCGGGACGAACGUAUCGUCGAAAAAUCGUCACACGGCUGCUCCUGAGCUCCUGGGGAAGACGGGGGUCCCCGAGACGGGACUCUAACAGCAGGAAUAAACCUUUACCUGCUCCUUGGAGGCCUGCGCAUGCUGACACAGCUGCCCACUCGGACCGCCUCAUCGCACUCAGAUGUUGUCCCCGUCUGCCCUGCCCAUAGCGUGCGCUCCAGUUGGAGAGACGAUGGACUUCCCCUGGCACAGCGGCAAGGUGCUGGAGCAGUUUAACCAGCAGAGGCAGCUGGGCCUGCUGUGUGACUGCACCUUCGUGGUGGACGGAGUGGACUUCAAGGCCCACAAGGCUCUGCUUGCGGCCUGCAGCGUCUACUUCCGCAUGCUGUUCCUGGACCAGAAGGACGUGGUUCACUUGGACAUCAGCAAUGCAGCAGGUCUGGGUUUCCAGAGGCCUCUCCCACUGCUGCCCGCGUCAGUACCUGUGCUGAAUGCUGUAUCAUCACCGUCCACGUCUCGUGGUCGUCAGUGCUCGGGGAGUAUGGCUGCCCUGUGUUGGGUGAGCAGGAGGUCGUGUGCUGCCAGUCCAGCACGUCUCAAAAAGCUGUGUGAGGAUUUACAUUGUCGAGUCACAGAGCUGGAAUAUCCCUGUCUGUGUGCGGCAGAGCCAGAAUCGGGAGACAGGGCGCAGCUGAAGGAGGAAGAGGAGGAGGUGGGGGAGGAGGAGGAGGAGGACGAGGACGAGGAGGAGGAGGAGGAGGAGGACGAGGACACUGGGGAGAUGGAGGGCGCAGAGGAAGAUGGGGGCCAGGCGGAGGACAGCGGCUCGGAUGGCAGGCAGCCGCGCUCCGGCACCUUCGGCGACCGCAGCGAAUCCCGCGCCUACGGCUCUGUCACACACAAGUGCGAGGACUGCGGGAAGAAGUUCACCCACACGGGGAAUUUCAAGAGACACAUCCGCAUCCACACCGGGGAGAAGCCCUUCUCCUGCCGCGACUGCCACAAGGCCUUCUCCGAUCCCGCCGCCUGCAAGGCCCACGAGAAGACGCACAGCCCAGUGAAGCCCUACAGCUGCUCGGCCUGUGGGAAGAGCUACCGACUGGUCAGCCUGCUGAACCUGCACCGCAAGCGGCACACGGGGGAGGCGCGCUACAGCUGCGAGGAGUGCGGCAAGCUGUUCACCACCUCCGGCAACCUCAAGCGCCACCAGCUGGUGCACAGCGGCGAGAAGCCCUACCACUGCGACUACUGCGAGCGCGCCUUCUCCGACCCCACCGCCAAGAUGCGCCACCUGGAGACGCACGACACCGACAAGGGCCACAAGUGCCCGCACUGCGACAAGCGCUUCAACCAGGUGAGAGCGGAGCUCACCUCAGUCCUGGGAGCGGUGAGGGACAGGACAGGGCAGCCCCAGGUCAGAGGUCAGUCCUGGGAGCGCCGGACCCUCUUGUUUCCAGGCAACCUGAAGAGACACCUGCGCGUGCACAGCGGCGAGAAGCCUUACGUGUGCAUGCACUGCGAGCGCGCCUUCGCCGACCCCGGAGCCCUGCAGCGCCACGUCCGCAUCCACACCGGGGAGAAGCCGUGUCUGUGCAUGAUCUGUGGGAAGGGCUUCACGCAGGCGAGCUCACUCAUCGCGCACGUGCGCCAGCACACUGGGGAGAAGCCGUACGUCUGCGACCGCUGUGGCAAGAGGUUUGUCCAGUCCAGCCAGCUGGCCAACCACAUCCGCCACCACGACAACAUCCGGCCACACAAGUGCCACGUCUGCGACAAGGCCUUCGUGAACGUGGGCGACCUGUCCAAGCACGUGAUCAUCCACACAGGUGAGAAGCCCUUCCUGUGUGACAAGUGUGGGAGGGGCUUCAACCGCGUGGACAACCUGCGCUCCCACGUCAAGACCGUGCACCAGGGCAAGGCCGGCAUGAGGAAGCUGGUGCCCGGGAAUCCUGCACAGGAGCUGGACGACAGCGAGGUCAACAUCGUCACCGUGACGACUGACGAGAUUGUGACCCUGGCGACGGAGGCGCUGGCCGCAAGCGCGGUGGCACAGCUCACAGUGGUGCCUGUGGCUGCCUCGGUGUCGGCGGACGAGACGGAGGCACUGAAAGCUGAGAUAACCAAGGCGGUGGAGAAGGUGCAGGAGGCAGACCCCCACACGCAGAUCCUGUAUGCCUGCGACUCCUGCGGGGAGAAGUUCCUGGACGCCGCCUCGCUGGCGCAGCACGUGCGCAUCCACACGGCGCAGGCGCUCGUCAUGUUCCAGGCCGACUCCGACUUCUACCAGCAGUAUGGCGGCGCGGCCGCCUGGCACACGGCCGAGCAGGUGCUGCAGGGCGGGGAGCUGCUGUUCCGCGCGCGGGAGGGCGACCCCGAGCCGGAGCCGGAGCCGGACCCGGAGCAGCCCGCCGAGCCCGAGCCCGAGCCGGCGGAGAUGGAGUGCAGCAGCCAGGGGGAGUAGAGGAGUCUCUCGCGACGUCUCCCUCCAGCGCCUGCCCUGUAGCUGUAGUGAUCCUGCAAACUGUAAACUUUCACUCCUGGAACCAGGUUCGAGUGAAUCGGCUCCCCCCGUUCCUUUCUGUUCUUCAAUAAAGAUUUUAACUAAAUGCACUGAGAAA